UUUUGUAUGUGUGUGUGGGAGGGAGAAAGUGAGAGUGCCUGAAUGUAUGCAGCCGGGUGUCACAUGGCGAGGCCGUGACACUGUGGGACAUCCGUGAAGUGCUACUUAGUAAACCUUAACCUCUCUUUUUCUGCAGGUUGGUACUAAGAAGUGCCUUUCCUGACGGCUCUGCUGCUUGGACCGCUUCUAGAGCAGCCUCUGCUUCUGCCUUGCUUGCAGCCAGCUAGACUGUGACGACAGCACCUCCACCCUCCACCUCUAGCCCGAACCCAUUUCCACUUACAAUCAGCAGAAAAGCUCUGAGUAGCUGGCAUUGCCCUAGGCUGCUUUAGUUUUAAAAGAAAAGUUUGCUGAAAAAGUAAGAUAUCUUCUGCCAGGAAAUCAAGGAGGAAAAAAAAAUCAUUUUCUCGAUUUUGCUCUAAACUGCUGCAUCUGUCUAUGCCAAACUAAUCAAUACCGAUUGCACCACCAAACUCCAUUGCAAAUUCAGCUGUGAGGAGAUUCCCUUUCAGACAACUUUGCUGAAAGCAGCUUGGAAUUCGGUGUCAAAGGGUCUGCCACGUUUUCAUGCUUGCGUUUUGGGCUCCAAAUUGGCACUGGGAAGGGGUUACUGAGAGCACAAGGCUGAUUCCAGGCCCUACUUUUAAACAUUCAUCUACUUACAAUCCUAGUAUUUCUCUAAAAAACAAAACUUCUUUGAAUUAACAGUUUCAUGCUGUGAAUUUCUAGUGGAGAUCUUUUCCUUGAUAUUGACAACACAAUUUUCCAUGUACUUUUGAAGUAGAGAGUGGGGAAAAGUAUUUUGAAAGGGACAUUUUCAUCAUCAUUUUACAGUUUUAUCAGUUUUUUUUUUUUUUGGUUGCAUUUUUUUUUUUUGUGGGAGGUUGGGUUUGUUGGUUUUACUGGGAAAAAAAAAAUUAACUACCUGUAAAAUCUAAACAUGGCUGUUAGUGUGACACCAAUCCGGGACACAAAAUGGCUAACACUGGAAGUAUGUAGAGAGUUUCAGAGGGGGACUUGCUCACGGCCAGACACGGAAUGUAAAUUUGCACAUCCUUCGAAAAGCUGCCAAGUUGAAAAUGGACGAGUAAUCGCCUGCUUUGAUUCAUUGAAAGGUCGUUGCUCCAGGGAGAACUGCAAAUAUCUUCAUCCACCCCCGCACUUAAAAACGCAGUUGGAGAUCAAUGGGCGCAAUAACCUGAUCCAGCAGAAGAAUAUGGCCAUGCUGGCCCAGCAAAUGCAGCUGGCCAGCGCCAUGGUGCCCGGUGCCCCAUUGCAGCCCGUGCCAAUGUUUUCAGUUGCACCAAGCUUAGCCACCAAUGCAUCAGCAGCCUUUAAUCCCUAUCUGGGACCUGUCUCCCCAAGUCUGGUUCCAGCAGAGAUCUUGCCGACUGCACCCAUGUUGGUUACAGGAAAUCCUGGAGUUCCUGUGCCUGCAGCCGCUGCAGCUGCUGCACAGAAAUUAAUGCGGACAGACAGACUUGAGGUGUGUCGAGAGUACCAGCGUGGAAACUGCAACAGAGGUGAAAAUGAUUGUCGGUUUGCCCAUCCUGCUGACAGCACAAUGAUUGACACCAACGACAAUACAGUCACUGUCUGCAUGGAUUAUAUCAAAGGGAGAUGCUCUCGGGAAAAGUGCAAAUACUUUCAUCCUCCUGCACAUCUGCAAGCCAAGAUCAAGGCUGCCCAAUACCAGGUCAACCAGGCUGCAGCAGCCCAGGCUGCAGCCACUGCAGCUGCCAUGACUCAGUCGGCUGUCAAAUCACUGAAGCGACCCCUCGAGGCAACCUUUGACCUGGGAAUUCCACAAGCUGUACUUCCCCCGUUACCAAAGAGGCCUGCUCUUGAAAAAACCAACGGUGCCACCGCAGUCUUUAACACUGGUAUUUUCCAAUACCAACAGGCUCUAGCCAACAUGCAGUUACAGCAGCAUACGGCAUUUCUCCCGCCAGGCUCAAUAUUGUGCAUGACACCCGCUACAAGUGUUGUUCCCAUGGUGCACGGUGCUACGCCAGCCACUGUGUCCGCAGCAACAACAUCUGCCACAAGUGUUCCCUUCGCUGCAACAGCCACAGCCAACCAGAUACCCAUAAUAUCUGCCGAACAUCUGACUAGCCACAAGUAUGUUACCCAGAUGUAGAGUUGCCGUCACUACACAAUCAUUCUAAAGAGGAAAGGACAGUGUGCUUGGUUAGAGUAAAGGACGAGGUCAUUAGCCAUAUUGUAUAUACCGUCAAGCAACACACACAGAAACCCCUCAGCCACAAGACAUCCACAUAUUGCAUGUUAACCAGAAGAAAAGACAACAUGGAAAUCCACUGCACACUGUUGCCUACACACUUUGUACAUUUAAUUGAUAUUUGUGCUGAGAUGAUAUUCCUGUCUAAAAGAACAGCAUUGUCUUUCUUUUUCUAGCACAGUUAUGCAUUAAAAUAUGCAUACCUAAUUAGUUUCCUAUAUGUUCAUGCCAUCUUGAAAAGACAGACUAUGGUGUAACCAUGAUUCUAUUAUGUAUUGGUACGUCUGUAGACCAAGAUAUAAUUUUUUAAAAUAAGUUUAUUUGUUUCAAGGUUUACAAAUAACAAAGGUGCACCUUGUAUUUAAAAUUGCCAUUAUAGAUGAGAGCGUGCAUGCACAGUCAUUUUUGUUUUCAGAGUAAUAUUUUUAAUGUAAUAGAUUGUAAGAUGUGGUGAGGGAGGGAUCUGACAGAGAUGAAUGUGCCAAGCAAAACCACAACUGUGUCUAUUUAAAGCACAUCAUGGCUUUAAGUACCAUGUUGUAAGGAUUCUCGUGAAGUGCCAUAGACUGUACAUCAAAUUAGAGUAUUAUUUCUUCAGUGUUAUUGUUUUCAGAGCCACAUUUUAUUUUGUUGCUUAUUUGCUAGUACUAACCAAUCAAAGGGCACCAUUCUUUUUUUUUUUUGAAACCAAAGCUGUCUCAGAAAUGGCAAUUUAACUUUACAGUAAUAAUAGACAGCACAACACAAACUCUCAAUACAGAUAAACUCACACUACAGGAGAUAUAUAUAAUAGAUAUAUAAAAUUAUUUUAAUGCAUUGUAGUGUAAUAUUUAUGCAUACUAUACUGUAUAACAUGGUAUUCAAAAGGGAUGUGCCAUUUCUGAGACACAAUGACAAAAAAUGUUUGAGGAAAUUAUUUUGCUUCUAUUUAUAGCCUCUGUCAAAAGUCAAAAGACUAUAAAUUCUUUGCAAAAAUGGUUUCACGUUUGCUUAAAUGCUUCAUCACAGUCACGUUCAAAGUAGUGACUCUAAACAAAGAAGAAAGCAGCACUGUCACCAGAUGCAUGAUAAACCAAAAUAUGAAAAUGGGAAAUGUUUAAUUAACCUAGUAAUUGGGUGGGUUAAGUACAUGGGUGAAUUUUAUAUGUGAUUUUUUUUUGUUUUGUUCAGAUUAACUGCUUAUAGCCUUAGAAAGCCUUUUACAAAAUUAAAAAAUAGAUGUGCAUUCAGUUUUUAAGAAUGGAUUCAUCCAAAGGAAUUCCUUUUUUUGUGGUCUGGAUGUUGCAGCUAGUAAAGGAUAUUUUUGCUCUGUUCAGCAGUUCUAAAAAUUGCUGAAGUAGGGGCCAGGUCACUGGUAGUUAUAGUAUGGAAUGGGAGAAGUGAAAGUUCAGUUGUAGAACUUUCCAUACUUCCAAGUUUACUGCAAGUUUUUAUGCUUGAGAGAGAUGCUUUCUAAUAUAAGACUGAUGUGUUGAUUUUACUGAUUGUACUGUACAUCUAUUAAAGCCUUAGAUUACUACAUUACGGGUUGGAACCCAUACCAAUGUAAUUUCAGUCGUGUUAAGAGAGUAAUGGUGACUUCACAUGUUAUUGUAGUUAGUUACAUUAUAGAAUAUUACUUAUUUUUCUUGUUAAAAUGUAGUUUUUCAUUUCCUACAUUUACUAGAUUUUCAUUUUCUAUUAAUAAUUGAAUACCAUUUCAGUUUAUUGACUAUUGUUUUGUUAGAUUUUACCAAUGAAUUUUUCAAAAUACAAAAAAAUUAAGUAGAUUUUCCUUCAUAACAUACUCAGUUUUGAAUUAUAUGUAGUGUCAUAUGAAUAUUCGUAUUGUUAACUAAAUGAUUUAUAUUUUACUGAUUUAAUAUUACAGUGUAAGAAUGUCAGUCAUUGUUAGUUCUUGUCUAGUUUUCAUUAAAAGAACAAAGAUCUUUUAUAUGGAUAUCUUAUAAAUAUAUAAUCAUUGCUAAGUAAGAAGUUAAGUUGUUGCUAUCGCAACAAUCCUGGCAGACAAUUGAGUAAUAUUUUGAUGAUUUAUUUUGUUUGUAAUUAGUUAUUAUAAGAAGAUCUAGAUCCUAGAUAUUAGAAUAAAAUUUAUUUUCUACUGUAUCCAUUUCAAAUGUUAAAGUAUUGUUUAAUAUUUUUGAAAUCCCUGAAUAUCAGGCCUUGUUAUAAAUAAGCUGCAUAAUCAAUAAAUGGAACAAGGGACUUUUUGUUGAUAAUCCAAAUACUCAAAGUUUACGUAAUGAGAAUUAUAGCGUGUGUGCAAACUCUUGAGGGUUGAUUAUGCUGCAAUUUAGCAUGUUGGAAAGUCUAGAGAGAAGGUUGACUUUUUGCACUUCUGUAUAUAGUCAAAAGAGAGAAACCUGUAUAAUAGUAAGAUCUUAUUUUGAAUAAAAACGUCUAUAAUUACAAGGAGUUUUGUUAAGGCUAAUAAAAUGACAGACUGAGCAAAAUUGCUUGCAAAAGUGGCACAGAGUUAGCACUCCAUACCCCUUCAAACAUGUUGCUUUGCUUUUUGUGGACAGCUUGUAGUUUGCCAGGAUUUUUUUCAGCUGGAAAGAUAUACCAUCCUUCCGAGAUCUCAUGACUGACAAAAACUCCAUUGGGCCAAAUCUGCCUGAAGAUCAUUACCAAAAAUAGCAGGUACUUCGACCACUAAGGUGAAAUCAUGGAUCAGAUGUUCCUUACAUUUUUCAAAACUACUGCAUGUUUCAACAAAAAAAAGAGAAAGAACUAUACUAAGGACAUAUAUUAUUCAAAUCAGUUUCUUCCAAUUUCAGUGGUUUAUUGUUCACAAAAAAAAUCUUCAAACUAAAUAUUGACUUUCACAAAAUUUAAACCAUAAGCAGGCAAACCAAACAGCACACCGUACCUAUAGUUGUUAUGUGAUUGUUUUUUAAUUGCUGUAGGAUCCUGUUCUUUCAGCAGGUGAAAAAGUAAAACACAAGUUCAAAUAUCAUGGUUUUAAUUUUCAAAUCAGAAUCAUUCAAAGAAGCAAAAUGUGAUAAUGGGCACUUGUUUAAGAAUCAGUACAUCAGCCUUCACUCCGGCUGGUUAAUAAUACUGCACUUAUCGGCAGCCCUGCCACUUUCAUCUGCUGAAAGGACAUUCGUGCUUGGUUUUACUGUUAUGUAAUCACAUCUUAAUUUCUGCUUGUAGUUGCUUAUAAUUAUGUAUUUUGUCUUGGGCUGCAAUUUGUUUUAUGCUUAUUUUAUUAUUACUGCAGUAGUUGACUUUGCUGUAUGGAAAAAUAAAGUGAAAUUGCCCUAAUAAAACUUCUCUUUCUUAAGUA